AUGGCUACUCUGCAUACCCAAAAAACAAGAAAAAAGCGAUCGCUGUUAUUCAUUGUAUCGUGAAAAAUCAUCAUCUCGUAUCAACAACUCUCGAUCUCGACCGAUCCCAAACCCAUGGCGCCGCCGCAGUCGUCGUCGUCGCCGUUCGAUCCAUUCAACCAAGAACCUGUUGCUAGAAAGAAGAACAAUGGAGCCCCAAUUAAGUUCCUUUUGCCUCUCAUAUAUGCACCUGUUCUACCUCUAAUUCGUUUGUCGCUGCGGAGUAAACCUGUUCUAAGAGAUCGUUUGUUUACAGCUGUGUUGGUUGGGGCUUUGGCCCAUGGAGGCUAUUUGAUAACGGAUUUGUAUGAUGCUGAGAGUAAAUGAUUAUGCAGAGCAUGUAUCGGGCGAUAGAUCAGUAAUGUUUACAUCACAACCUCAAGUCCUCAAUAAAUUAUUUGACUUCUGUUUACUCCUCAAUAAAUUAUUUGACUUCUGUUUACUCCUCAAUAUCCUGGUAAACACCUUAUAUAGAUCAAAUACUGUCAUGUAUGGAUAUUUUUUCUCCAAUUCCUUUUAGAGAUUAUUUGUGCCAUGUACUAUUUGAAUUUGAGAAUUGCAUCUUGUAUUGCGGAGUUAGCUUCUAGUUGAAUAAUUCUGGAAUUUGGAGUCUGUUAUUGAUCUCCUCCAAGUGUUAAAAUGUGAGCUAAGUAAUCCUAUUUUUGCCACCUUAUAUAAAUGCUACUUGCUCA